AUGUCAUCGACGCCUAUUCAAGAGGCCAGACACCAGCACACAAGCCUAAAGCGUGAUACCGCGAAAUUCAAGCAUUGGCUCGAAAGAGCUGCCUUGUCCUGUGGUUGGAAGCCAAACGCGACUGGGAAAAUCACAACCAGGGACAUCGCAGCACAAAUCGACAUAGUUUCAAGCUGUCGAGAUGAAAUAUGCACAAUUCCUGAGGACAUACAAACUGCUCUCCAUAAAGCUAUCGAUGGGCGAAAAGUAUGCAACGAAUUCUUUCACUCAAGUAACCUAUCGACGCAGAAGUCUACGGCAUCUCAUAAGCACUUCAUCACAAUACUUGAGCAUGCUUAUACUGUUUUAUCGAGACAUAAGUCUGAACUUCUAGAGUGUGAUGAAAAUAGAUCUGAGAGCACCACAAACGACCUCUCCACGACUUCACAACCAGAGCCCAUCAACCAUUCCGAGCAGGAAUGGCACCUUGUCCAACGCAAGAGGCGUAGGUCAUAG